UUAUUUCUCCUCAUAAUCCAGACUCAGCGUGUUACCACGUGGUUUGAUGCGUAAACGUAACGGGGUGGCGAGGCGUUUUCGGUGAAACAUGCUGAAAGGAUAGAAAUGUGUUGACCUCGCCUUUACAUCCACGGGAGUUGGGGAGUCUUGCUGCCAUGGCUGGCAAGGGCCGUGGUAUAGCUGCCUUUUCCUUUAACAUCGAGGCUCUGGGCAUCACCAGGGGUUUCAUGCCAGAAGUCAGGGUGGGGCCUCAACCCUUGUUUCCAAACACAGAAUUCAAGCCAGUGCCACUAAAGGUUGGUGAAGAAGAGGACUACUUGCUCGCCUUGAAACAAGAAAUGAGAGUAACCAUGCAACGGCUACCACACAACAUCAGACCUCUGGCUGCUAAGGCAGACGUGGAACGAUACAAGGAGCGGUACCUGAGGCAAAGUCAAGUGGAGGAUGACGAGUGGACCCCAGACUGGAACCUCUUCCCAAGAGAACUGAUGCCCCAAAAGAAAAAGGCUCGUGUGAAACCAGGAGCAAAGAAGAAAACGGUGAAGAUAUCCCGCAAAGAGUCAGAGGUGCUGCUCAACAAAUUAGAUGAACUAGAAAAGAAAGGUGACGGAAAUGAUGAAAAGUCAGACGAUGAAAAGGAGAAGAAAACUGGGAAUGAGGAUGAAGAGGAAGUAGAAGAGGAGGCUUACGACGAAGAGGAUUUUGAAGAGGACAACGACUACAUCGAUAGCUACUUUGACAACGGUGAAGAUUUCGGUGCAGGGAGCGAUGACAAUAUGGAUGGUGAAGCUACGUACUGACACUACUGGGACUACUACCUCAACUAUGCAAGCUGACAAACCAAUGUGCACUUUGGGAUUUUACACAAUCCUUAAAACGUGGUAUUUUUCUACAAGUUAAACACUGAAGGUGGGGUACGAAUGGCCUCUUUGAAAAGGGGUAGCCAAUUGUAUCGACGAUUUCUUGUACCAGUGCAAAUGCAAUAUGGACUCCAGUAAAUAAACCAU